AUUUUGCUUUUUUUGCAGUGAAAGUCGAACUGUCAUGCUGCUGUUCAGUGUGUGCCGUGCUUCGCACUCGACCAAAAUCACACUCAACAGAGCUUAAAUCUUUUUUUCCCAUCAGGUGAAAAAAAAAGGAUUGGGAUAGGGAAAGCCUUACCGAAGGUGGACAUGCAAUGACGUCAUAAAGUGGGUGGUUAUCUGCGAAGAGAACUUUGGUCUGGUCUAAGGCAAGAAGGUUAAAUUAUAACGCUGAAAACUUCCGCGCGUUGUAUUAACUUCCUAAACACAGACGUUGGCCGUGGGUGUGCAAGUUAGCUCAUUAUCAGUGCAACCUCGAAGUAUCGAUACCUGUUGCAGACAACUGCAGUAAACAUGAUGCCUCAUAGGGUAAACUGCAGUGGUUACUUGAAAGAAGUUGAUAUUAAGCGUUUUAAACUUUCGAGAGACGUCCAGGUGUCUCUGUCUAUCAUAUACAUUAUCAUAUUUUUGAUCGGAGUGAGUGGGAACCUCAUUACGGUCACAGUCACACAGGUGCUACAAAAGAAAGGCUAUCUUCAGAAAGCGGUAACAGACCAUAUGAUCAGCCUGGCUUGCUCAGACUUAUUAGUCCUUUUGUUGGGAAUGCCUGUACAAUUAUAUAGCGCAGUGUGGAAACCUUAUACAUCAGGCACCUUAAACAGUGCCUGCAAAAUUUACUCCUUCCUUUUUGAAGCCUGUAGCUAUGCAACAAUUUUUAAUGUUGCUACGUUAAGCUUUGAGCGCUACACAGCAAUCUGCCGUCCUUUUCAUUACAAGUCACUUACCGGGACUCGAACCAUUGUAAUAAUCUGUUUAGUGUGGUUUGCCUCUUUGCUCGUGGGCCUGCCUCAGAUUUUUGCUACUGGGAUUGUUCAUCCACUGGAAGGCAGAAUCCAUAACUGCACCAGGCGUCUCAGGCGUUUGACAGAAAACAUUUCAAUCUGCACUAAUUUGGCGGACCAACAAGUGGUUUACCAGGCUAGCAUCUAUGGAGCUUUUAUUAUUUAUCUCUUCAUUCUAGUGUCUGUGGCAUUCAUGUGUCAGAAAAUGGUGAGAACUUUGGCUGCUAUGCAAAGAGGGACUGUACCUAUUACAAGGGGGACGGAAAAAGGGAAAAAAGUCCAAUUCCUCUCCAAAAGGGAGAAAGCAACAGCUCAUGAUUCGCGGAAGCAAACCAUUAUCGUUUUAGGUAAGGAGACGUGCUAA